GAGGAGGGAUUAACGUGACCUUUUUAAACACGCGCUGCCUCAGACGGUCACCGAGCAGCUGAGGAGAAAGCAGCCAGACGGACCCACCAUGUCUGACAAACCAGAUUUCGCAGAAAUUGAAACCUUUGAUAAGACCAAGCUGAAGAAGACAGAAACAAGAGAGAAAAAUCCAUUGCCCACCAAAGAAACUAUCGAACAAGAAAAGCAAAGUGAGAACGCAUCCUGAGCGUCAGAGAGAUGAUGUGACUGCUGCUUCUCCGGUGGGGUUUGGGCUUCUGCGCUGGGUUUUGUUCUGUUUUGUUUCCCCUCCCUUCCACCUUCCCCUCAGUGCUCAUUAUCCAUUUCAUUUAUUUCAUUUAGCAAACACUCCUUUCAUGUUCCCGGGAAGAAGUUUGUUUUGUAUUUGUUGCUCUGUAUUCUUAAAAUGGGAAUUCAAAGUUCUGUACCACACCCAUCACUUGGAAAAAAACAAAAAAACAAACAAAAAAAAACAACCACCAACUGCAUAAAAAUGUUUUCCUAAACCUCACAAUGAAGAAGUUUCUUCCAUCCAGCUGUGUUUGAGACUUUACAAAUAGGAGUUGCUGUGUAAAUCCAACAACAAAGGUAGCUGUGACUGUGGGCAGCAGCUCUGCUCCGCCUGCACAGGGGACGUGCUGAUGGCAUCUGCCUUCAUCUGACCACACCAAAUGCAAGAGGGCAUUUCAGGGGAGCUCCAGGGAGCAAACCUUACAUUCUAACAGGUCUUACCUUUGGAGAAGGGUGUGAAUAAGAUGGGAACGC